AAGAUAAGAAUAGUAAUGGGAAAAUCGGCAGUCGAUUGUCCUAAAUUUUUUUUGUUGGACGGCAUUGGUAUCGGUAUUUGGGCGGCUUUGGUUAUAAAAGCGAGAGGGAAAAACAGGGAAGGAAAUAUGGGUAUGCGAAUUAGAAGCUUUUCAUCUCUGUUUUCGACAUUUCCGCUGCUUUUAUCCUUGUUGCUGCUGAUUUCGAUCGCAAUGGCCGAGUCUGCUCCCACCACCAAGCCUGGUGAUUCUUCUCCUUCAUCGUCUUCAGCGUCGGUCCAAAUCGUGUACACAGAAAGGCCCCAGGGCGAAGAUCCCGAGGCUUUCCACAUCCGUACCCUAACCGCCGUCCUCGGCAGUGAGGAGGCUGCAAAAGAGGCUCUGUUGUAUAGUUACAAGACCGCCGCUAGUGGAUUCUCCGCUAAGCUUACCCCCGACCAGGUUUCCCAAAUUUCAAAACAACCCGGUGUUCUUCAGGUUGUCCCAAGCCGUACGCUGCAGCUACAUUCAGGACCUGGGAAGCUGCACUGAAGGAUGUGAAGCUCCUGCACUUACUAGUAUAUAUCUUUCAAACAGCUUUCUCAUAUAUAAACCAGUGUGCCUGUGUGCUCUGGGGCAUAGCCUUUCACCUAAAUAAGGUUUAUCCUAAGCGACAUAUAAAAGUGUAUUCUCGUAUAUGGUAUUUGCUGCGUGGUACAUAUGACGUGUAACACCAAGUUGUUCGGGUUUUCCUU